GUCAAAGCCUGCCAGCACAGAGAAUAUGAGAAGAUCUCAUUGAACCGAACAAGGCUGACUGGAACGGGUUUCCAGUUAGCCCACAUUUUCAACUGUCACAGCUGAGCACUUGCUCUUAUUGAUUAUAUUGUUUUAUUUGUUGAAAUUACAAAGACUACAAGAGACGGGGAUAUUCCAGGAUGGCUGCCUCUACAGAAAUUACAUUAGCCACAAGCCUGUAUACAUCAAUCCCUGCUUUCACCCACAGUGUGGUGCAGGACUGGGGUCCUGAGCACAAUGGAACAGUCUGUGAGGACUGGAAGGAGGUUCACCAUGUGGUCUUUCAUACCGCAAAUGUCUGUUUUGCCAUUGCGCUUAUUAUUCCAACUACACUAAACCUUCACAUGAUAUUUCUACGCAUCAUGCUGAUGAUAGGAUGCUGUCUUUUCAUUGCCUGGGCAACCCUCUACAGAUGUGCCUUAGAUAUUAUGAUCUGGAACUCAGUGUUCCUUCUUGUCAAUUUCAUGCAUUUUUUCUACCUUGUAUACAAAAAGAGACCAAUUAAAAUCGAUAGGGAGUUAAGUGCUGUCUACAGAAGAAUGUUUGAGCCUCUUCAUGUUCCUGCAGACAUGUUCCAAAGACUGACAGGGCAGUUCUGCACCAUCCAGACACUUAAAAAGGACCAGAUGUACGCUGCAGAGAACAAGACCUCUGUCGAUGGCAGACUCAGCGUUCUGCUAAAGGGAAAAAUGAAGGUCUCAUAUCGCGGACAUUUUCUGCACAACAUUUAUUGUAAUGCCUUCAUAGACUCUCCUGAAUUCAGAUCAACUCAGAUGAACCGCGGUGAAAGAUUCCAGGUCAGCGUCACAGCGGAAGAGAGCUGCAAGUUCUUGUGCUGGUCUCGAGAAAGGCUAACCUAUUUUUUGGAGUCUGAACCUUUCUUAAAUGAAGUGUUCAGGUAUCUUAUCGGCAAAGACAUUACCAACAAGCUGUACUCAUUAAAUGAUCCCACAUUAAGUGAUAAGACAGCCAAAAAGUUGGACCGCCAGCCCGGCCUGUGCUCUCAGCUGUCAGUGAUGCAGAUGAGGAACAGCAUGGCCAGCUCCAGUGAAACCGAUGACGUUCUGAACCACUUCCUCCAUGGGGGCUCCACGGCCACUCUGCAUAACACAAGGCCUUCAACCAAAAUGAAGCCUAUUGAAGAAACUGUUGAAGAUGAUGUCUUUGAACUUGCCGCCAGAGCUAAACGAUCAGGCCCAAGACAAGAAGCUGGAGGGAGGACCGCAAGGACUGAAGCGGUUUAACCCAAUGAUGACUACAGCCCCUAGCUGCAAGAAUAUCACCACUUUAAAUGGCUGUACCUCUUCUCUUCUCCAACUGACACCCAGAGCGUUUUGAAGUUGAUCCUCUUGAAAUGAUGGAAAACGAAUAAGAAACGGUCCUUUUCUGUGUGUUUGUGUGUUUAGUUAUAUAGUAUUUAUCUGUGUGUGUGUCUUUUUAUGCUUUUACAGGACAGCGUUGUUCACACAUUCCUGAAAUAAACUUGCCACUAGCACAUUACACCUUUUUGAAUCGGUGCCAGCAGGUAAACCGAGUUCUUACUUCAACUUGUUUUUGGAACAGAAGGAUAUUCCUGUCACAGCACUGUAAAUCAAUGCCAUGAUAAUAGGUAGGUUGUACAUAUUUUAUUGUACAGAACAUAAAUACAAGGCUGGACAGCAGGAAUAUAAACCCUUCCCUAAAAUGAACACUUCAUGCCAGCGCGCACUCCUGGUUUAAUAAAGUGUGGGAACAAGCUGUAUACUGACAAUAGUGAAAUGAAGAAAGACCCGCAAGCAGCUCCCAAACCAGGCAGUUGGAGCAGGGCCUGUCAAGACCAUCUGCCAGGUGCAAGUUUUGAAGCCUAAAGCUUGAGCCUGUGUUUACUGGGGAAAAAGGAAGUGCAAAGACUUUCAAAAGGCCAUCCUGCACACAGUAGUUUUGAGAAGAGCAUAACGCAGUGGUUCUUUGUGAUUAGUCUGGAUUUUUCAUUCCUCAAAAUCAGUCCUGGAUUGUGUAGAUCAAGAUGAGAUAGCAUUGAAGACCCUUAGCUACUAGGACAUAAAGUGCCCAAAACAUGAUUAGUAAUACUUUUCCCUGGCCGCCUAACCAGAACCCUGAAACUCUCACCAAAGACAUACAAGAAAACUAGGGAUCCUUGCCAGGGUAUCAUGGUAUCAGUAAUGUUGAAACAGUGUGAAGAAAAUUGUAGAUUAACAAAAUGCAGUAAGAGUUUUUCAGGAAUGCACCAACAACCACUCUAUUGAUUAAUUGUGAAAACUUCCAACUAUCAUGAUAAAACAAAAUAUUGUUCUAGUGUAAAUGAUACCAGACCAGUGUGAUGAUAAUGGAGUGAGAAGAGCACAUAGUCUCAGUUUUUACAGAAUAUCACAAUAUUCUCUUAAUUAUUCACAGAAACAACCUUCGUGAAGCAGCUUUUUUUCACCCAUCACUUUGUAAAAGAAUGUCACGUUUGAUACAUUUUAUUCAUUAACUGGGGUCUUUUUUCUUUCUUUUUUUUUUACGGCACUGUUGAAAUGCUGUUCAUGAUAUAACUACAUGUCAGUAUUUAGGAAGUUUAUACAGAUAUUCAACUGUAUAGAUGCAGGAUUGGUGGCUGUAUAGUUUUUCAAGGAAAGUCUUGUUUGACUGCUAUGUUAAGAGGAAGGCUUAGCCAAAUCUAAAUACUGUACUCAAUCAGAAAUGAAGAUAACCCAGAUUGAAUGAAAACCAGGUUAGGGGACAUCAUCUUCUCCACCUCCAGAGGGUUUUGAAAUUGAACCGAUAAAAUGAGUUUUCUGUUCUUGACCUAAUUCUCAAAUGGGCAUAAACCAAUAGUAGGCUGCAAAAAAACAUAAUUAGAACUGGAUAAAGUAUUACUGGGAACACAGUGAUUAUUUUGUUUAAUGAACAAAGCACACUUGAAUAAAAUAAUAUAAAUGUCCAAAUAUUUCAAUAUAGUAUCUUAGAGAAUACUAGUUCAUUUUCACGGUUUUACAAAGAGAUUUUUUUUUAAUAUGUUGUGUAUGUUUUUGUGACCUUUGUUCACUUUUAAAUUUUUUUUUUUUUUUUUUUUUUUCACAAGGUGCCUUUAUCAGAUGUGAGCUAUGAUUCAGGCCAUUGGCAAGUUUUGUAUACAAGCAGCACAACAUUACAUGCUCAACACAAAUAAAAAAUAUUAUCAAAUAGA